AUGGAGAUCCAGAGGAAUGUCUCAGAAUUCAUUCUUUUGGGAUUUUUGUAUGACCAGAACAUGCAAGUGUUUUGCUUUGUGCUCUUCUUAUUCUGUUAUGUUGCCCUGUUGGCAGGAAACCUUCUGAUCCUUGUCUCCAUUCGAUGCAGCCCUCUUUUUCACCAACCCAUGUACUACUUCCUCAGCCACUUAUCCACUAUGGACAUCUGCUAUACCUCUAACGUUACACCCAAAUUAAUUGGUGACCUGCUAGUGGAAAGAAAAACCAUCUCCUAUGGUAAUUGCAUGUUACAGGUCUUUACAAUGCACUUCUUUGGAAUGAUUGAAGUUUUAAUCCUUACAGUCAUGGCCUUUGAUCACUAUGCUGCCAUCUGCAAACCUCUCCACUACCUGCUUAUCAUGAACAGGACAAGGUGCAGUCUCCUACUCUUAGCUGCUUGGGCAGGUGGGGCUGUCCACUCCUUUCCUCAAUUUUUUAUGGUAAUCCGGUUGCCCUUCUGUGGUCCUAAUGAGACUGAUCACUACUUUUGUGAUAUCUUCCCUUUGCUGAAAGUUGCCUGCACUGAUACGUACAUCACUGGUGUCCUUGUGGUUGCCUUUUCAGGUAUGGUUGCCUUAGUAACCUUUAUUGUCUUAUUUGUUUCUUAUGGGAUAAUAUUGUUCACUUUAAGAAAUCUCUCAGCUGAGGGAAGAUGCAAAGCCCUCUCCACCUGUGGGUCUCAUAUCACUGUGGUCAUCUUAUUUUUUGGGCCUGUAAUCUUUAUCUACCUUAGACCACCUACUACUUUUCCUGAGGACAAAAUAUUUGCUCUAUUUUACACCAUCAUUGCUCCUAUGUUCAAUCCCCUAAUCUAUACUCUGAGAAAUUCAGAGAUGAAAAACACCAUGAGAAAAAUUUGGUGUCAAACAUCAGAGCUCAACAUCUUUUUAGCAAAACAGAGGGGCAGCUAG